AGUGUUGUAUGUGAAUUCUAGUUUUAACAUGACAGACAACGCAAGUGGAGUGCUGUUUGAUCUCCUGCAUAGUCAACUUGUUGCUUACAUUUAUUCCACUAUUGAUAACAAGAACAAAGGUGUUUCUCAACUAGAGUCUUUGGGCUUCAGAGUUGGUGUAAGUCUUGGUGAGCAGCUCACGAAAGAUCUUCCACGAUUUCGUGAUGAGCUGGAAGUCAUGAAAUUCAUCUGUCGUGAUUUUUGGUCCUCACUUUACCAAAAGCAAGUUGAUAACUUAAGAACCAACCACCAGGGUGUAUAUGUGCUGCAGGACAACGCAUUUAAACUACUUACUCAUAUCUCAGUAGGAAAACAAUACCUUGAUUGUGCACCAAGGUACUUGGCCUUAUCAUGUGGCUUAAUUCGUGGUGUGUUGUCCAAUCUUGGUGUCAAAAGUGUGGUUACUUCAGAGGUCAUUAGCAUGCCAUCAGCAAAGUUUCAAAUCAUGGUACAACGGACAUGACCUGUCUUGGCACCUGUCAAUCAAUCACGGUUGACCGAUCUUGGCACCAGUCAAUCAAUCACUUUUGGCCGGUCUUGGCAUGUGUCAAUCAAUCACACUUGACCUGUAUUGGCACCUGUUAAUCAAUCAAUCACACUUGACUAAACUUGUUACCUGUCAAUCAAUCACGAUUGACCGGUCUUGACACGUGUCAAUCAAUCAAGGUCCUCAGCAGUUAAUCUGAAAUGUAUUUCACAUCCAUUAAUCAGAUUAAAAAAAUAUAACAUGUUGUCCGUUUUCAAACAGAAUAAUACCGCCCACGAUGGCUGUUUAGAUUGCUAUGUUUUUAUUGUGACUUUAGCAAGCAGUUAACCACGUUCUUAUUGAAUUGUGCAAUAAAUCUUAAUACAUAUCGAA